CUCGACGCAGCGGGCGACAUCGAUGCCGUACGCCUGACCGCCGCCCUGUCCGCCGGCAUGCCCAUCUUGCCCGGCGUCAUCCGCCCGCCAGCGCUUGUCGCGGAGUACCUGGGGGCGGGCAGUCUGCGGGCGGCACUGACCCGUGGGUCGGACUUUCUGCGCAGUGAGCUGGUGCGAGUCAAGCUGGCGUUGGACGCGGCGAGGGGCAUGGAGUACCUCCACCUGAAGCGCAUCGUGCACUUCGACCUCAAGACGGGGAACCUGCUGGUGGGGUUCCGGGAGAAGAACCCCACUUGCAAGGUGGCGGACUUUGGACUGUCCAAACAGCGGCAGCAAACCUACGUCACAGGUGGGGAGUG